GGGGUUAAAUAUUCGCGCGAUAUGAAUGAAGUAUCUUGUGCAAAUGUUUCCAAAUUUAUUCCACUUUGUCAAUUUGUAUGAAUUAAAUAUGUACUUUACUUGUCACGAGAUUAAGAAAUGUGUGAACUAAUUAACGAUAACGGAGCAACGGUUUUUGUUAAUGGAUCGAUUAUUACUUUUUCAGAGAACGCCGAUGCGCCCGAUGAUAGCGGAGUACGACCCAAAGAAGCACGGCGUGAAAACAGAACUGUCUGACAUGGUUCUCGUCAAGCGUCUUUCGAAUAUUUACAGGGCGACGAUAAAUUCGUUCCUAGUGAUCGACCUAAUAGGUUGCUGCUGCGUGUACAUCGUUUUCAUCUCGACGAACAUUAAAGGAGUCGUCGAUUAUUACACGGAAACGGACCGCGACGUCCGACUGUUCAUGGCAGCGUUGCUACCGCUUCUGAUCAUAUUCUCCCUCGUGAGGAAUCUCAAGUUCCUGGCGCCGUUCUCGAUGGUAGCGAACGUGCUGAUCGCCACCGCGAUUGGUAUCACGUUCUACUACAUUUUCAGCGACCUGCCGGCGAUGGACGGUCGCCCGAAUUUCUCGAGCUGGUCUCAGCUACCUCUGUUCUUCGGCACGGCGAUCUUCGCUCUCGAGGGCAUCGGCGUGGUAAUGCCCUUGGAGAACAACAUGAAGACGCCGACGCAUUUCAUCGGUUGCCCGGGCGUGUUGAACACCGGCAUGUUCUUCGUGGUCCUGUUGUACAGCACCGUGGGAUUCUUCGGUUAUUGGCGAUACGGCGAGGACACGAAAGCCUCCAUCACGUUGAAUCUGGACCACAGCGAGAUCUUGGCUCAGUCGUCAAAAGUGAUGAUAGCCGUGGCGAUCUUCCUCACCUACGGCCUUCAAUUCUACGUGCCGAUGGAGAUCAUCUGGAAGAAUUUGAAACAGUACUUCGGCUCGAAGAAGCUCUUGGGCGAAUACUUUGUCCGUAUAUGCUUCGUGAUCUUCACGGUGGGCGUAGCGAUUGCUAUCCCAAAUCUCGGCCCGUUCAUUUCUCUAGUAGGCGCCGUGUGCCUUUCUACAUUGGGUCUGAUGUUCCCCUCUAUAAUCGAGCUGGUAACCGUUUGGGAACAGGAGAACGGGCUGGGCACCUGGAACUGGAGGCUUUGGAAGAAUCUGGCCAUAAUCAUGUUCGGGGUGCUCGGUUUUCUCACCGGCACUUACGUCAGCAUCCAGGAGAUUCUCGAGGAGAACAUAUGAAGCGCCGGGUUCGAAGGAGCUGCGGUGCGACGGAAUAAUCGCUCAGCGCGUACCACAGAUGCCGGCGUGUUCUUUGAACACCUUCCGCGUCCGCUCACGUCGAGCGGACUCGUCGGAACCCGAAGUGGGAGACGACGACGACGACCAACACCACGGAAGGGUGAUGCCGCCGCCGCCGGUUAACCCGGCGCAAGAGGUCACGCGACCUAGCGAGCUCCGAACUUUCAAGCUUCGUCUCGCUCCUUCUCUCUAGUUUUCCUUUCCUUUCAUCCACUGACAGCGCGACGUCCGUAACGACGACGAAAGAUAUCGCACAGAGACGACGGUAUACGAAUGAUAAAUACCUAAUUUUUAUUUUACCACUCAUCCUCAUUUGCCCCCUCGCGUUCGUUAGCCUUGUUUCGCAGCUGCUCAAACACAGAAGGAGUUUGCGUAUCGCUCGACAGCUUCUUGAUAAGAAAAUCUUGUUUUAUAUCAACUAUUAUACUUAAGAUCGAGGAAAUUUUUAUUCAAACUGCCAGGAGAUCUACACGAUCUCUGCAACUCGCAUGCAUAGGAUACUAACGAAGAUCUGUGCGUACUGAGAAUGACAAUACGUACGCAAACUUCCUUUUUUUAAAUUAUACAAACUCGCCCCUUUCUACUUACGGCGUAGAAUAUAGGCUUGACGUAAAUAUCUAUGUAACAGUCGUCGUUACUGACGUCGCGCGGAACGCCGUACGCCAGGUGUACGAGUAAGAGUCAUUAAUGUCAGCCUUCUUCCAAUUAAAUUUUCUAUCACGAGAGUCUAUCAUCGGAAGACCUCAAUUUCGAAGGACAAAUACAGAAUAAAUCGAAAUUAUUCCGAAGUCAAUAUUUGAGAAAUCGAGUAACCACGACGGUCUUUAAAACUGGUUGAACGCGACACUAAUGAAUUUUACCAGACACCGACUUCGAGCGAUUAACCGAGCAAAACGAGCGGCAUGGCUGGGAACACCGAGACACCCACGAGACCUGGGAAUCCCGAAGGGUCAAAGGGAUACGUGCGAACUGCUGAGACGAGUAUUAAUCGAGUAACGCGUGGAUGGCGAGGCGGGCCGUGCGUUGUUCUCCGUAUAUUAUUUAUUCGCUUUGCGUCGACUACGACGGAGUCCCACCAUCGACUUCACGUAUACAACUGCGGGACGGUUUCUCCGAUUACAUUUUCUCCGGGUCUUCUUAGUAGUUUACGUACGCCAGUACGUACGAGUGUAGAUACAUAAAUUAUAUACUUAAGCGUCGUUUCUACCAAACGAGGGGAGGGGGGACCGAGUUUUUAUUCGUUUGGCAUCGACCCGUGUAACUUCCGCGACCUACGAGAUACACGAGGAGGUUUCCCAGAUUCGAACGUCGAUCGGUUCAUCGGUUUGAGAUCACAAUUAAAAUUAGAGUCAAAGGAUUUCUUCAGCUUAGUUAGAUACAAAAUUGCAUAACUGUUUCUAUCAUUAAAAAUUGGCAACGCCAAAUUGGAAGCAAUGUCGUUCGAUAAAAAUAGUAGAUCGACGCGAGGUCUAUGGAAACUGGCGAUUUUGUUCCUAGUGCACGUUGCACGAAAAACGAGAAUGACGAUCGUAAGAGAACGUACAAAAGAACGGUGAUUAAUUAAGGAUAGGAGACAGAAAAACUGAAACUGCGUAGGUGUGAUAAUAUCGCGAUGUACACGCUUGCUAGUCCGUAAGAAGUUUAGCGAGGAGACGUCGACGCUGGCUCGCGUCGCGUCUCCGUGCGUCAGCCCGCGAGAUUAGAACGCUAAUUAAAUUUUUGACUGGGCAACAUCGAGUCCGAAUUGUCCGAAAGCUAAAUAAAAACUAAUAACGCAUUCGGAACGAGCUCAUAAAAAACAAAUAUAUAUAUAUAUAAAAAUAGUUCAUAUAAUAUACGAGCGAACGAAAAUCUUGAAGGAGACUCGUCAAGAUAAAUCGUCCUUUUCACGAGACAAUAAAUGAGAAACUUUUUCAACAACGACAAUACAGAUUUUCUCAGAAAAUAGUACAAAUAAUAAAUGUAACGAGUAAUCAGUUUCUCCUGUAUUUUUCGACUCGGAAUUAAAUCAUCGAUUUUUCAUUAAUCAGAUCUGAUUUUGUGCGAUCUUAUUCGACUGGAGGUAUAUAUCUUGAUGAACGACCUUCGAUUCGUCAGCGUUACGAGCUAUUUCCAUACCAGCAUUCACGAUCUGAUGGAUAACGCGAAACAAUCUAGUGCCUUGGUUCUUUCGCCUUGUAGGAAUCGUAGAAUAUAAGACUGGAAUUUGUAUAGUGAACGUUGUUAUGUAUAAAUAUCUCCAGUUUAAUAUCAAAUUUAUAAACCUUUGGAUCCCUCGA